AGUCGGAUCCCACAGCUUUCCCUUGCUAAAAAAACCCCAUCCAUCUUCCUCUCCCACCACACACACCGAGCAAGCAAGCUAGCUAGCAAGCAAGCAAUGGGGAGGUCACCGUGCUGCGACCAGGACGCCGGCGUGAAGAAGGGCCCCUGGACGCCCGAGGAGGACAAGCUGCUGGUCGACUACAUCAAGGACAACGGCCACGGCAGCUGGCGCCGCCUCCCCAAGCUCGCCGGGCUUAACCGCUGCGGCAAGAGCUGCCGCCUCCGCUGGACCAACUACCUCCGCCCGGACAUCAAGCGCGGCCGCUUCACCGACGAAGAGGAGAAGCUCAUCAUCCACCUCCACUCCAUCCUCGGCAACAAGUGGUCGUCCAUCGCGACCAAGCUGCCCGGCAGGACGGACAACGAGAUCAAGAACUACUGGAACACGCACCUCCGCAAGAAGCUCCUCAGCAUGGGCAUCGACCCCGUCACGCACCGCCCGCGCACCGACCUCAACCUCCUCGCCGGCAUCCCCAACCUGCUCGCCGCCGCGCAGACGGCCACCUGCUGGGACAUCAACGCCCUCCGCCUCCAGGCCGACGCCGCCAAGUACCAGCUCCUCCAGGGCCUCCUCCGCGCGCUCGCCACCCCUCCCGCCGCGCCCAGCGUCGACCUCAUGGCCCUCCUCGCCGCCACCAAUGGAGGGGUCAGCGUCAGCCAGCCCGCCGGCGUUGACCAGCAGGGCACCAGGUCGGCCCAGUACGACGGCCUGCUCAACCUGCCGGCGUUGACCAGCGUGCCGGCCGCGACGCUACCGGCGAUGUCCUCCUUCUCCGGGCUGCUCAGCAGCUUCGGCGCCGGGGACGGCCUCAGCUCGACGGAGCUCGGCCACAGCGGGGCCAGUGGGAGCAAUAUGACGGCAGCGAUGGCGCCGCCUUUGGUAGCGGCCAAGGAGUGCAAUGACGGCGGCACGUCGACGCCUUGCGAGGACACGCCGGCGUCGAGCCCGUUCGAGGGGCUGGAGAACCUCAACCUCGACGAUGAAUUCAGCAGCGACAGUUGGAAGGACUUGCUAGAGCAAAUGUCAUGGUUGAACAACCCGAAUGAUCAGCAGCAGCUGAUGUGAGAAUGAAGAGAUGAGUAGAUGACACAUACCUUUCGUAGGAGAUGAAGUUAAAAAGCUGAAUGCAUGCAUGGAGAGACAGUUUCUUGGAUUGGUUGCACACUUCGUCGGAGAUGUGAAUGAAGUUUGUUUGUUGAUAGGAAAAAAAAGGUGGUUUGACUAUAUAUACCCACUGCAGUUAGCGAUGUACAGAGAAAGAACGACAGAAAGACAUGCUGCACGUAUACUCACUUUCAAUGUUUUGAAUUUGUUUUUUAGUUUUUUCCCCUCGUUUUGCCUUUGGCAAGGAGGAUAUGUGUAAUGAUUAGCUUGUGACGACAUAAACUAAACCAAGUUUCAUUUUCCACACCCAA